AUGAGUACAUGUCAUCUAUACAAGGCUGCUAGGGAAGAAGGUUUGCAACUUUUAUUUUUAAUUUUUAUAAUUACAUUUUCAAAUGGCCUCACAUCAUAUUGUUUUGUUUGCCUCCUCGCUCUUUCUUUCUCCCUUGUAUUGGCAACUGAUAACAAUCCUCUUUUUGAUAUUUGUGUGGCAGACCCAAAAGGUCCAGUGACGGCAAGCGGACCACUCUGCAAGGAUUUGAAGCUGGUUCAUGAAAAUGAUUUCUUCUUCACCGGACUUCACAAACCUGGAAACACAUCAAACCCUCUAGGCUCAAAGGUAACCCUCUUGAAUGCACAGCAGAUUCCGGGACUCAACUCUCUCGGCAUCUCUUUCGCUCGCAUCGACUUCCAGCCCGGAGGAAUCAACCCUCUUCACCUUCACCCUCGUGGCUCCGAGAUCCUCACCGUCAUCGAGGGUACACUCGAAGUCGGAUUCGUGACCUCGAGCCCCGACUAUCGUCUCUUCACAAAGGUUCUUCAGAAGGGUGAUGUGUUUGUCUUCCCUGCUGGCCUCGUCCAUUACCAGAAAAACCCAGAACAUGUUCCUGCCGUAGCCUAUGCAUCUCUCAAUAGCCAAAACCCCGGUUCCAUUCUACUUGCAAACACUGCGUUCGGAUCUACACCUAAGAUUAACACUGACAUUCUCGUGAAGACCUUCCACCUCGAUAAGAAAGUUAUUAGACACGGUCAACAGAUGUUCUAA